AAUCAGCAUUUAGUUCUUGAAUCCUCGUGCAUCUGUAUUAUGUACUCUCUCUGCACUUUCUGUUAAUUUGCAUGAGCAACCCUUUAUAUAUGUGGUAUAGAGUUUUUCGAUGUGAUUGUGAUAUGAUUUGUUUAUAAAGUAGAAGUUACUGCAAGCAAAUUGUAAAUUUUGAACAUGUCUAUUAUAUUUACUGAAACUACGUAAUGCCAGUUUUCGGCAACAUCUUAGUUUCUGAUUUAACUCAAAAAUAUACUAACACAACAUACAUGUUCUCUUUCGUAUGCGUGUAAAAGACCAUUUGAAAAGCAACCAAAUUAAACUUUUGCAUUUUCAACUUUUUUUUCUUCAAUUUUCGAUACUGUGUAAACCUAAUAAUUUAGACUGAUUUGGAACUACAAACAAAAAAUCCGUAUUAGUUGCACUCAAAUGCGAACUAAAUUAGCUAAUGUGCUCAUUUUAUAUUGACCAUCGACCUAUUAUAUCACUUAAUUGACUAAGUAUAUGAAAUUCAAAAGAGAUUAGUGAUAGCUUUAAUUAUGUGAAUAAUUGAAGUGUUCAUGCUUAUUAAAAUAUCGUAAAAUACCAUUUUCAAGUUGAAGCUUUAUUGAUUCUACGAUGGUCAAUUUAUUGUUUGUUAUUACUAAACUGUUCAAUACUCAGCUUAUUGGAAGAAGUAUUAACAUAUAUUCAAGUGAACAAGCUUCUUUAGAAAGUGUGACCUUCGUUGAUUUUAACAAGUGAGACAUGAUGGCUUCGAAAAUAAAAGGUCUUGUUAGUAAGAAAAAGAGAAGAUAUAAAGAAGACGGGUUUGAUCUUGAUCUUACCUAUAUUUGCAAUAAUAUCAUUGCUAUGGGGUAUCCGGCUGAAAAAGUGGAAGGUCUGUACAGAAAUCAUAUUGAUGACGUUAAGAGGUUUUUAGAUUCUAAACACGAUCAGCAUUAUAAGAUAUACAAUCUAUGCACUGAGAGGAAUUACGAUACCAGCAAAUUUCAUGAGAGAGUUGCACAGUAUCCUUUCGAUGAUCACAACCCUCCUACAUUAGAGUUAAUCAAACCUUUCUGCAAUGAUGUAGAUAGCUGGCUUUCAAAGGACAAAAACAAUGUUGCUGUUAUCCACUGCAAAGCGGGAAAGGGUAGAACUGGUGUUAUGAUUUGUGCUUACUUGCUUCAUAAGGGAAUGUUGACUACUGCUGAGGAAGCACUAAAGUUUUAUGGAAAUGCUAGAACUCAUAAUCAAAAGGGCGUUACAAUACCAAGUCAGCGAAGGUACGUAGUAUAUUAUGGUGAACUAGUCAAGAAAAGCAUUGAAUACAGGCCUGUUAUGAUGAUUUUGAAAUCAAUCCUGAUUGAACCAAUACCAACCUUCAAUGGUGGUACAUGUAGUCCAUAUUUUGUCAUAUACCAAUUAAAAACAAAAUUAUAUGAAUCACCUGUUCUUGAAGUGAAAAGGAAUCAAAAAUACUUGCGAUUUGAGAUCCCUGAAACUGUGCUUGUUUGUGGGGAUAUCAAAGUAGAAUUCCGCAAUAAAACAUUUGCCAAAACGGAUAAGAUGUUUUUAUUCUGGUUUAACACAUUUUUUGUUAAAAGUGAAAAUGAUAGCUUCCAAAAUUCAGCUCAUUCAAAUGGAUGUACUGCUACUCCCAUGUCUACAUAUAUUAACUUAAAUACCUUCACAUCUUCACCUCAUUCUGAGCGAAAUAAAAGUGUGCACCAUGAAGAAUAUAGGAAACCUGUACUCACUCUGUUUAAGAAUGAGUUGGACAAAGCCACCAAAGACAAAACUCAUAAAUUAUUUAGUAGAGAUUUUAAGGUAAGAGUAGAAUUUAAUUAUGUCAACGAUUCUCCUACCAACAAUUCACUUAGUUCAGACGUUAAGGACUCCUUGCAUGGACAAUGUACAAGUGAUACUGCAAGUAGUCACGGUGAAACGAGUAGUGAUAAUGAAAUGUUAGAAAGUGAGACUGAUUCAGAUGACGAUUGGGACGCUUGUGAAGCUACUCAUAUUUGAUGAAAAAGAAGAAUGUUUUUAACUUAUUUAUCUGAUGUCCAAGGGUAAUUCUUUUUAACCUUGCUCUCAUUUGAAUUUAGCAAAUAAAGAAAAACAAUUGGUAGUGUUACAAAUUUUCAUCAUUUAGAGUGACCUGCUGCAAAGUAUGGCAUUUUGACAGAAAGGGUUCACUUUUGAUUGAUUCAAAUCACUAAAGCGGAUUUUUUUCAAUCUGUAUGCAACGUUCUUAAAAAAUCAUAUUGUCCAAAAGUUGUAUAUGUUUUGUGUGAUUGUGUAAAAAAAAUGCAAAAAAAAUUCAAUUUAUCAUCUGUGAUUUUCGGCAUUAUACUGUGUACAGUCAUUUAAAUUGAGUUUUGAAGAAGAAGCUUAGCUCUUUUUAUCAUUGUUUUUUCUCUUAUCAUUUUUCAUGCAGUAAUUUUUUUAUUAUUAUUAAUUCCUGUAUGACUCGGCCAAAGAGGCCAAUCAGUGUGCCAAUAAAACAUAGAAAUGCUUUAAGCCGAGUCUUUUUGUGAUAUGUUGAGCAAAGAUUUAAAAAUAUAAAUUAUUACUUUUCUUUAUAUAUAAUUACUCAUGUUUACAACUAGAAAGUAUAAUUAUAGAAACACCUGUUAUGUACUAAAUUUAAAAAAAUAAUUUGCAAUUUAUUGUUUGAAUUAGUUUAUAAUUGUUUUUAAAUUUGAUUUGUUUAUAAUUAAAGAUUCUGAUUCAAAAAUAUGCUAAUAAGUAAUGAUUUGAAGUAAUAGGUAUAACCUAUCAGCCAUAUUAAUAAGUCAUAUGCAUUUUUGACUUGUGAAAAUUGACCA